AUGAGUCGCCUCAUAUGUUCCGGUCGAAUGCUGGGCGGCACAGCCAUCCUGCUGUCAACCAUCAUUAUUUUGGUCCUCUUUGUCAACCCCCCACAGACCCGAAUUCUCCACAGUUCGUCCCCUCAAACCACAUCUUCCAAGCACAAUUCGUCACCCCCAUGGAACCCCAGUGAUGUGCGAUGCAGCAGCGGACUACCCGACACCUCCCACAUCCAGGUGGUGGUCAAGACUGGCACAAACAUCAUCUACGAUAAGCUCCCGACGCAACUCCUCACAGCCUUGCGAUGCUGCCAAGACCCGCUUAUUUUCGCCGAUUCCGAGCAAGACCUCGGUGGCUACCAUGUCUACGACGUGCUCGCGAACGUCAAUGAAACUCGGAAGGCCACUCAUCCCGAUUUCGCCUACUACCGUACCAUUCAAGAGUACUUGUCCUCGGGCCGGGACAUCCGGCAACUCCGGACUUCGCGUCAGGCCGCCUGGGACCUGGACAAGUACAAGUUCAUCCACAUGCUUGUGCAGACCUGGGAGCGACGUCCCGGACACGACUGGUAUGUGUUCGUCGAGGCCGACACGUACCUCUUCUGGGGAAAUCUAGUGCAGUGGCUGGCGCGGAUGGACCCUGCCAAGCCACUCUAUCUGGGCUCGGCGGCGACCUUCCAAACCGAGAAGUUCGCCCACGGAGGAAGCGGGGUGAUCCUAUCGCGUGAAGCCAUGAAGCGUGUCUUAGAUGGAGAUGCCGAUCUGGCUGCACGAUAUGACGAGCGCAUGCACGACGAGAUCUACGGCGACUUUGUGCUUAUGAAAGCCCUCAAGGAAAAGGGCGUCGAGCUUAGUAAUAAAUGGCCCAUGAUGCAGGGCGAGAAGCAAAAUACGCUUCCUUUUGGGCCCGGUCCCAAUUCAGGGUCCCGACAUGGAUGUCAGCCGUUGAUUACCAUGCAUAAAGUUACGCCGGUUGAUGUUAAUGCGAUGUGGAAUUAUGAGCAACAUCGUAAACACCCACAGGAACCACUCCUCAUUAGUGAGCUGUAUGACUAUUUCAUGGGUCGUGCGCUUCCCUCGGAGCGCGAUGAUUGGUAUAAUCUCUCCGAUGACUUGAUGUUCCGUGCGCCCGGGGUUGAAGGGGAGAGACAGAAGUCGCCCUCGGAUAUGACCCCGGUCGAGAAGGAAGCGUAUAGCUCUUUCGAGCAAUGUCAGAAAGCUUGUAAGGAGCAUUCCAAGUGCUUCCAGUUUGGUUGCGUUGACCUAAAUAAUGAGUGUGUUGUACCAUUGUCGCAGUUGAGUCCAGAUGUCUCAGAGACAAGCUACGAUAAACAAGAUACCAUAGCCACAUCAGAACCCGUUAUAGAUGGCCAUGGCUCACGUCCCCUUAAGCGACGAAAGACAGUCAGUGGUCUUCACCUGGCGCCACAUAAUCAAAAGGCUGUCAUCAAAGGAGCUGAAUCUCAGAUCGACGGCUACGCUACACCGGAUUCAAAUAGGACGACUGACGAUGCUCAAAAGUUGUCUGUUCGCCAGGUACAUAGUGACACUAGGUUUCCCCAACGGAAAAACCCAAGCAAAGAUACAUCUGCCCCAGUCCUAGAACCAACAUCAACCGACAAGCUUAUUGCGGGUAUCUGGCGACAAGUGUUCUCACCUGUUCAACUAAGCCGAUUCCAUUCUGUCAUAGAACCCGGCAUAGACAUUCGCACUGGUGUUAGUGGAGAGGUAUUCCGGGCAGUCAAUACCUUGUGCUUGAAGUACUAUAACCAAAGUCAGUCCUCGCGCGCGCUUGAGAUGAUAGUGCAAGCGUACUGGAUUGAAUGCUACGAGGCUCGUAUUGCUGUUCUUCGCUUAGAAAAUCCCAACCUGUCGGCUAUGGAAAUCCGAAUGAUGGGCUUGAGGGAAGCAUGUGCGGUUCUCAACUGGAAAGAAAAGGAUCUGCGGAACCGAAUCGCUAUCUGGCGCGGAUACAAGGAAAUCAAAGAUGCUGGCGGUUGGGCCAGUUUGAUAUUUGCAAGCGCCGGGGUAUACCGGUUCUGCAAAUACCGUACUGGCUUUGGAGAAGGUUUCUCCACGCGCCUCCGACAUAUCCGAUCUAGUCUGGAGGUUGCCGCCGAUACGCUACAUCCGGACUGGAGGGAUCUUCUCCAGGUGAUUGGCCAACAAGAGACACGGCAGUACCACGGCCACCCACACGAAUGGGUGACAGUAACAGGAAGACCAGCAAUUCCCUUGACUUCAACAUAUGAGCAUCUUCAGCUCCCCAACGGCUUUCAUUAUCGCUUUAUCGAUGAGUGUGUGCUGGACACUGCUGCUUUUGGCACAGAUGACCCUCGCCGGGUCCCUGAAAUAGAUCCGGAUGUGUGUUUGGUGUGCAAAGAGAGGCAGUCUGAUGAAAUCGACAAGAACCAAUGUUCAUGCUUCCCCACACUGUUCGGGGGCGUGCGAAAUCCAAUACCAGUACAGUUGUUCCAUACAACCAGCGGGAAGAACAACGGGGUCAUAGCUCGCAGUAACUUCGACCGUGGUAUUGCUAUCGGUGAGUUCACGGGUCUCAUCACCAAAGGCAUUGAGGGAGUCGACGUAAUGCUAGGUGGCACUCGCACAAGAACGUACCAGAUCUUCCAAGGGCAGAUGGGCAAUUUCACACGGUUCAUCAACCACUCCUGUCGUCCAAACAGUCAAUUCCAGCGAUUCUAUUGGCGGGGAAAGGAGCGCGUAAUUGUUGUUUCGCGAGGAGUGACGGCGGGGGGUGAGAUCACCGUUGAUUAUUCAGAUCAUUAUUGGAAGCAAUUGAACAAGACAUGUCUUUGUGGGGAACCGUGCUGUCGAUUCCGAGAGAGAAGAUAA